GCAACGUCCGUGAUGGGCUUGAAGGUUCUAGUUGCUCUGACAGGAUAAAUGCAACCUACCAACUGCUACAUAGAAGUGUCAAAAACAGCUCAUUUAGAAAAGAUGCGUUGGUUCGACGGCUCUAUUCCAGCAGCCAUCGCCGCAUCCAAGCGAUACAAUUAUAUUUUUGUCGUCGUCAUCACAGGAGACGAUGAGCAAUCCACCCAGAUGUUGUCAAGCUGGAAGGAUGGCCGUGUAGCGGAGGCCACGAAGAAUUGCUGUGUCGCAAUUAAAGUUGAUGCCAAAAGUGAAACAUGUGUGCAGUUUUCGCAGAUAUAUCCAGUGGUUUGCAUUCCAUCCAGUUUCUUCAUAGGAGAGAAUGGCAUCCCGCUGGAGGUGAUUGCAGGUGGUAUCUCAGCAGAGGAGCUCGCAAAGAGGAUAAACAAAGUCAAGCAGAUGCACUCUGCACAGAGAGGCAGCAUUCCUCAGCUCGAGGCAGAGGUAGUGAUGCAAGUGGAGAGUCCUGGGCCUGCCCCGGAAACGGUUGCCUCUCCCUCUGAAACCCUAUCUGUAAAGAGCUCUGCCACAGCAACAGGAAACCCCUCCACUGCUGCUACAUCUAAAGAAUCUCUCUCUCUACCUAUGGAGGAAUGUGGAGCUUCAGGUUAUGUGACUCCAGGUGAUGAUAGAAGCCUGUCCUCCGAUGACACGUCUCAGGCCUCUCAGUCAGAAGAGUCUAUGGAUGCCAAGGUGGAGAGGUUGACAAAAAAACUAGAAGAAAGACGGGAACAGAAAAGGAAAGGAGAAGAAGAGUCCGAGAUAAAGAAGGAGAUUGAGAGACGGAAGCUGGGGAAGGACAUGCUGGACUUCAAGCGGAAGCAGGAGGAGGAGAAGACCAAGCGGCUGCUGGAGGAACGAAACCGGGAGAAGGCGGAGGAGAGAGCUGCCAGGGAGCGGGUCAAACAGCAGAUCGCUCAGGACCGUGCUGACCGGGCAGCUCGCUACGCUAAAACCCAAGAGGAGGCGGAGGCCACCAGGCUGGCAGCGCUACAGGCCAGGCAGGUGGAGCAGGAGCUCAAGAGAGCGGCGUUACAGAGAGAGAAAAGUGCAAUUGCCAGGAUACAGUUCCGCCUGCCUGAUGGUUCAUCCUUGACCAACCAGUUCCCUUCAGAGGCUCGGCUGCAUGAGGCCAGGCAGUAUGCUGCACAGGAGGUGGGCAACAGGUUUGGGCACUUCUCGUUGGCCACCAUGUUCCCCAGGCGGGAGUUCACAGCAGAAGACCUGGAGAAGACGCUGCUGGAGCUGGAGCUAGCCCCCAGUGCCUCCAUCGUCCUGCUUCCGCAGUCGAGCAGGCCGGCCAACACCGUAGUCCAGUCGUCUGGUGGGGGUGGGAUCUGGGCCUUACUGGGCACCAUCCUGUACCCCUUGUUGGCUGUGUGGCGGUUCCUCAGCGGGUUCCUCUUCAGCGGGCCCUCUCCUGGGGCAGCUGCGGCAACAGCUGUCCCUCAUUCCCAGCCACAACGGCCUUCAAAUACCAACACCUCAGCCUCCCCUACAGAACCAAAGAGAGAAAUGAUUCGCAAAAGGGUCCUAGAGAAGCGAUCGGAAGACUUCAAAAAGGAUGGCAAGAUCUACCGGCUGAGGACUCAAGAGGACAGUGAAGAUGACAACAACACAUGGAAUGGAAACUCCACCCAGCAGAUGUAGCAUAGUAGUACCCCCUCUAGCUUUCUUUCAUUGAUUUGCCUCACUGUCUCCUUCUCAUCCUAGCCUGAUUUUGUUUAAGUGCGUAUCUAUGGUGGAUUACACUGAUUUAGGGGCUGCCGUUUGCAUUUCCCCUUCCUCCCCUUCUCUACAUGUGAUCCUUUUCCCUCUCCCUUGCAUGGGUAGAUAAAAAAAAUAAAUAAAAAAAAACCGAAAAAAAAAACAACCAAUCAAUCUCUUAAGUCAUCUUAAACAGAGAUCCCCUCUGUGUGUAGUCUACUUGAUUUUUAGCUUUCAGAGUACAUUUGAGUGUAGUCUUGAAAUAAGACCUUACAUUUGAGACUCAAGGCUUGGAAGCUUAAACGCUGCGCAUCUGUUGUUGCAAGGAAAAUUGCUUUUUAUUUAACUGUAUUCUCUGACAAAAAAAAGUUUCCAGUAAAAAUGUGUGAGGGGUUUUGAUGCAUGGGGACCUAGAUACCAGUGUCUUUUCUAUGGAAGCCUGGGCCCUUUGACAUGACCUGACUCGACGGUAAAAUGUUUCUUCUAGCUAACCAUGGAAGUCACUUUACCACUGUCAUUUAGCAAAAGAAUAAAUGAUGUUUUUCAAUUAAA